AUGGCGGACUCUACAGAAUCCGAGAUGAAAUUAGGUUCGUUUAUGUCUGAUAAAUCCGCCAAAAUCUUCGUCGCUGGCCACAGAGGAUUAGUCGGAUCCGCCAUAGUCCGCAAGCUCCAGGAAUCGGGCUUCACAAACCUCGUCCUUAAAACCCAUUCCGAGCUCGACCUCACAAGCCAAUCCGACGUCGAAUCCUUCUUCGCUACAGAGAAACCGGUUUACGUCAUCCUCGCCGCAGCCAAAGUCGGUGGGAUCCACGCCAACAACACAUACCCAGCUGAUUUCAUCGGCGUCAACCUCCAGAUCCAAACCAAUGUGAUCCACUCCGCUUACACACACGGCGUGAAGAAACUCCUCUUCCUCGGCUCCUCCUGCAUCUACCCCAAAUUCGCUCCUCAGCCAAUCCCCGAAUCAGCUCUUCUCACCGGUCCGCUCGAACCGACAAACGAAUGGUACGCAAUCGCCAAGAUCGCGGGGAUUAAAAUGUGCCAAGCGUACCGGAUUCAGCACCAGUGGGACGCGAUCUCCGGUAUGCCGACGAAUCUCUACGGUCCCAACGACAAUUUCCACCCGGAGAAUUCGCACGUGCUUCCUGCGCUCAUGAGGAGGUUCCAUGAAGCGAAAGCCAACGAUGCUGAGGAAGUUGUGGUUUGGGGAAGCGGAAGCCCGUUGAGGGAGUUCUUGCACGUCGAUGAUUUGGCCGAUGCUUGCGUUUUCUUGAUGGAUCGAUACAGCGGAUUCGAGCAUGUUAACGUAGGGAGUGGCGUUGAAGUGACGAUCAAAGAAUUGGCAGAGCUUGUGAAGGAAGUUGUUGGGUUUAAAGGGAAGCUUGUUUGGGAUUGCACGAAGCCAGAUGGGACGCCGAGGAAGCUGAUGGAUAGCUCUAAGCUCGCGUCUUUGGGAUGGACACCGAAGGUUUCUGUUAAAGAUGGUCUCCGGCAGACUUAUGAUUGGUAUUUGGAGAAUGUUGUGCAGAAGAAGCAGUAG